UCCUGGCUGAAACUUACUUUUCUUGUCACCAUUUCAAUAAUAAAAAUUCUAAAUAUUUUUUGUACAAUUAUGCCCACAAAUUUUGACUCUUGUUUCGAACGACUAUGUGAACGGCCACUUCAAUGUAGAUUUCCUCCAUGUAACUGUGAAAAAUGUCAAGAACGAUGGAUUGAUAAUGAUGAAACUGAUAGUGAAGAGGAAGAUGGUGGUGGUUGUUGGAAUCUCUCAACGGAAACAGAAUCCGAAGAAUUUCAUUGUAGAGAUAAUAAACCUCGAAUUUGUCUUCCAACCAACAUUUAUGCAGCACUAUGUGACAUAUUUGGAGUUAUAGCUUUCAUCAUUAUGACUUCAGUUACUCUUUGGUUAAUGGUCUGGCAUUAUAUGUGGCGUUUUGGAGUCUAUAUCUAUCGUUCUGGAAGAAAAACUCAAUAUAUUGCUCUAGCUCUUUUGUCAAUGCUUUUCCUCUGCAUCGUUUUUCAUUCAAUUGGUGGAUGCACCAUGAAAACCCAACAUAAAGAAAAAAUUAAAACAUCAUGUGUUUGUAACGAUGUUAAAGGGAAUGAACCUAAAACUACACCCACAAAUGAAAAACAACGACAAAGAGGGGGAGCAAAUGAAAUGCAACAUUCACAUGGCACUCACACAAAAUUGGAUCCCGAACACAUAAAGGAGGAGUGUAAGAAGAAAAAAUCAAGUGAUUCAUUGUGUGCACUAUGCGGGAAAUUUCAUAAAGAUUCUCUGGUCAAGUCUAAGACAGAAAUGAGUGAUCAUGAGGUUCGCAGAAUUUUCGAAAAAUUUAAAUUGUACUCCAUGCCCAGUGAAUGGAAAUCGCCGCCAGCCAUUAUUGUUUUACUCAAGGACUAUUUGGUGGAUUUUUUUGGUGGUUGGCAAUAGACUAAUUUGUAAUCAAAAUUAUAUAAAACUUGGCUCUAUUUAUGGAUAUAUAAAAACAGUUUAAAUAUUGUAUCAAAAAGUU